AAUAAGAGGAUGAGAUUUGGACAAUAAAUUUACAGGGAUGAAAAUCAACAAAAUUUAUAGUGGAGUGACCAAAUACACCAUGGAACCCUUUUAAUAUAUUCCAUGCCUCUCUCUAACGCACACUUUACAUCUCUCUCGCUCUCUCAGACACACACACACACAAAAGCAUAUAAACCCCAGUACAGAGCAAUCUCCUUUAAACCCCACUGCUGUUUCUCUCCUUCUCUCGCAUGUCUUGUUAAAUCCAUUGACUCUCAAAUGGUUGUCCAAAAUCUCAACUCCUAGACCUCUCUAAACCAAAUUCUCUCCUUUUAUUUCCUUUUUUAUGGAAGAAAAUGGAAAAUCUUUCAUGGGAACUGAAUUCUAAUUCCAUCUCUUUUCUCAUCAUUGAAAUCAUGACUUCCAUUAAUCUUUCUCAUAAUCCUCUAUUCUCCUGCAUCAUCACUCUCUACACGCUAAUUCUCUUAUACUUCCCGCAAGCACAUAAACACUCAAUCUCUUCAAUACUGAUCAUUACUUUAACUCUCUUGCUCUUGCUUUUACGCCUUGGUGCAAUUCAAAGACUCCAACUUUCAGUCACUGAAGGCGAUGAAACCAUUGAAAUCAAGCAAAACAAAGACACCCAUUUCGGUAGAGCUUCAAAUUCUUGCUCUUUGACUCUUGCAGACAAAUGGGGUGCUACCCAAUGUGCUGAAAAGGGUCGUUUUGACCUGGAUCCGAACCUGGAACUUAAAGGGUCGUCAGUUGAAUGGGAUGUCAGAGCUCCAUUGGAGGUUAUAUACGAGGGGUAUGAAGGAGAAGAGGAGGAGAAUCCGAAUGAGAAGGACGCGGUUCAGGAUCCGACUCGGUUUGGUGGUUUGGAAAGAUAUCCGUCUUUGGCUAUGUAUUACCCGGAAACGGAUUCGGAUUCGGAUUCUGACGGUGUGUUUUCAGUUGCCGGAGAGUGGGACAUGCCGGAGAGGUGUUGCUUUAAAUGGGAAGAGGAGGAUAGAGAAGGGCUAUUGAUAGAGAUAGCUCUUGAUCACAGUGAUACCAAGAAGGAUAUGGGUUUGGGUUUGGAUCCGGGUUUGGACUUUCACGUUGAAGAGGAUAACUUGAUAGAGAUUGAUAUAUCUCCGGCCAAAAACGACAGGCUGUUUCCCGGUGAAGUGUGAUUAAUUAGUGCUUAAAAAAGGGUUUAAGCUCUAGAGGGUUAGGUCCAGUUAAUUUUGAUUAAUUAAAGCUGAUAAUGAGAGGCAGUUUCUUGAGGGUUUCGAGUCUUUUUUUUUUUUUUGGGUUUUUGAAUGUUUGUUGGUGAAUUAACGUUGUAUUAUACCGAUGAUUAAGUACAGUUAAUCACUAAAUCCAAGGAUUUAAUUAA